AUGGAUAUUAAAUGUUUGAAAAAAAAAAAGUUCUUAGCCGAAUUCCCCGACUAUCCCUAUUUACGGUUUAUUAUAACCUAUAAACAGUAUUACGGAUUUUCCGUUCGAUCUUUUACGACUAUUCCUUACUUAGCUUUGACGACAGACGGAGCGACUGCUCCGGUCAAGCUCAGGAUUGGCGAAGCUCUCGAGUUCAAUGACCAGAGAACCCUGGUAGCCUUUUUCGAAGACGGUCCUGGUGGAGAUGCUAUAACUCUAUACAACGUUCGGUUGCUCGGCGUAUCCAAUCUUGACGACCAUACAGCCACAGGCUGGAAAGGGCGGACUGCAAAUGUUUGA